AUAACACAGUGUGUAAAUAUUAAAAACUCCAAAAUUGCAUUUUUUUAUGAAAGUAAAUAACGUGGAAAUAUCGCCGAUUUGAUUUUAAAAAAUGGCGAUAUCAUUCUGCGCAAAGAGAAUUAAAAUUCUCAAAAGUUAUUCCUUUAACAAACUGACAGUUCGUAAUAAUGGAUUUAUUAUACUUCUUCCAGAAAUUGGGGAAGAUUUACCCGAAAAAGACCCUCUUAUUAAAGCGGAUGGCUUUCCAGAGUUUAAUACCUUCUCAGUGGAGCGUGCCAUGGCUGCUGUAGGCAAGGAAACCACCACUUACGAGCAGGAGGUCCAGAAGCUCGAGCAGCAGAUUACAAUGAAAAACAAAGUUGACAUUGUCAAUGACCUGAUAAAUCCCUUGGAGCUGUUGCAUGUCAGGUUGCACACGACCUGGAACAUCACCAAGGCGCUUUAUUUCGGGAACCAGAGCCUCAUGCCGACCCAGUACUACGAGUCCAUCCACACUAACAUGGCAAAAGCAAACUCCGUGCCCCACAUGAGUGUCCCGCUGUACAAAGCUUGGAAGAAAGCUCUGGAGAAUCCAGACAGCAAUCUUACACCCGCUCAGCAAAAAAUCAUCGAGAAGCACGCUCUGGAGGGCAGGUUGAACGGUCUGGACCUCGAAAGAAAGAAGCGGGAUCGUUUCACGUACUCGAAUAUUAAAAUCAACCAGAAGAGGACCGACUUUGCUCAGUUAAUUAAAUUCGCGACUAAGAUGUUCCGCACGACGAUUGACAAUCCUCAUAUAUUCAAAGAAUUCCCGGAGGAGUUUUUGAAGUUCACGGCUGUUAAUCCUAAUGAGUAUGAAAAGGGUCCGUGGAAAAUUACUCUAGAGCCACACAUUGUUGAUACUUUUAUGCAAUAUUGUCCAGAUCGAGAUCAAAGGUGGAACGUUUGGCAAGCCUUAGUCAGCCGCGGAGCGCAGCGCGGCGAGAACACUUUAAGAACCAGUUCCACCCUCGAAGACAUCCGUGACCACAAAAUGGAGCAAGCAAAACUCCUCGGCUACAAAUCCUUCUCCCACAUGAGCAUGGAGACCAAAAUGGCGGGCAGCCUAGAGAACAUCUACCGGGUGAUGGACAACCUCCUGGAGAUAGCUCGCCCUGCUCAAGAGAAAGAAUUCUCAGAGCUGACCAAGUUCGCGAAAGACCGCGGGUUCACCGGCGAGCUGAUGGCCUGGGACAUCGACUACUGGAGCAGAAAGUACGCCAAGAGCGUGUAUAACUUCAACGAGGAAGCUACGAGAGACUACUUUCCCCUCCCACAAGUCCUCAAAGGUCUCUUUAAAUUGAUAGAAAAUUUAUUCGACGUCCAGAUCGUCGAAGCUCCUGUAAAGCCCGACGUGUGGCACGCAGACGUAAGAUUCUUCGAAGUGUACGACCUGGCUGCCCAGUCACCGCAGCCGGUCGCUCAUUUCUACCUGGACCCUUACGAGCGAGGCCGCAAGAUGGUCUCUGCUAAAACAGCUUCCUGGGCAGUUCCGAUCCAGCCGAGGAGCUUGGUGGCCGAGAAGAAGCCCCUGGUGGCUUUGAUCUUCAACUUCAAGCCUCCGGUAGGCGACAACCCGUCGCUGCUCACCUUCCAGGACGUGACUUAUCUCUUCAAGCAAGUCGGCCAUGCUCUGCAGCAUCUUUUAACCAAGGUUGACUACAGCAUGGUCGGAGGCACCAACUACGUCCAGUGGGACGCUGUGGAGGUCAACAGCAAUGUCUUCGGCAACUGGCUUUAUGAACCAGAGGUGUUAAAUUCCAUUUGCAGGCACCACAAAACAGGUGAGUCGAUGCCAGCUGACCAGCUGGAGAGCAUCCACCAGAUGCGCAGGCACAUGGCCGGUUACAAACUCUGCAAGGAGCUCUAUUUUGGAAGGCUUGACCUGGUCCUUCAUGAGACUCCGGACUUUUGGGUUCCAAUUGUCGCUAAAUUGUAUAAACAGCACUUUGUCUUUCCGCUGGAUAAAAUGGACUCGCAUUUGACAUCCUGGAGCGCGAUUUUUUCAGAAAACAUGGGUGCUGCUUACUACAGCUACCUUUGGGCAGAAAUGCUCGCUGCUGAUGUCUACAGUGCCUUCCAGGAAAUUCCACAAGGGGAUAAUGGUAAAGACCUCAGGAAACAAACUGGAGCUAGGUUUAGGGAGACUUAUCUCUCCUUGGGUGGUAGUGUCCAUGCUAGUCAAGUUUUUAGACAGUUCCGUGGCAGAGAUCCUAAUUAUGAGGCUUUGUUAAGAAAUGUUGGAUUAAAAGAUGAUGAAGUUGAUGAUUGAUUUUUUUAAAGGAUUGAUUUGCAUUUUUGCAAAUCUGGUUGACUGAUUGUAAAAUACUUCUGAGCGCUAUUUUUUUUUUUUUAAAUUCA